GAGAGCCUUUAGAAACAAGAUCCCUUUAAAGUGAGUUUGCUGUAAGAGCUGCUUGCUGUGUCUGGACUCAAGUGGAUGUGUCACGCGACUUCAAGUGGUUGCGAGCCCAUGGCUUUCAAACAGGUACGAAAUCGGUCAUCCCUCUUUCGCCCCUGGGCUUUUGGGGAAUCCCAUUCUCUGAAGCUUGAGAAAGAGAUCCCCAACAGCCCUAUUUCUGUUGCUCCUGGGUCUUCAUUGCCUAAGUCAGAACACUCUGAAGAGCCUAAAAAGAUCAUCACUGAUGAAGGUGAUUUAAAUGACUUGAAAGUUUUCCCACCUUCAACUUUUCAACCACAUUGUUCAAGCAGUUAUACUAUUCCUUCGGCUUUUAGAAGUACUGGUGUACUUCCAAGGACAUUGCCCGUACCUGUUUCAUUGACAGACCAUCUAACAGAAUUAGUACCCCCAUCAUGUCCUGCUGCUGCAGCUACUACCACUGUAACUCCUCAAAUACUGAACUUGGUACAUGACAAAUAUCAUAUACCUGACAUGACAUCAAACGAAGGUAUAUUAAUACCAUCAGUGGUCGAUUCAAAAGCUGCAACUGCUGCUUCUUGUCUUUGGGGAGACCUUGUUCCUGAAAUGGCUUUUCCGGUGACUCCUCAUAUUAGUCAACUUUUAGAACAGCCCAGUUCUAAAAUGAAGGUCAAAAAGCAGAGGCCAAAGCGAUUUCAGUGUCCUCAUUGUCAGGUGUCUUUCAGCAACAACGGACAAUUAAAAGGACAUAUUCGUAUUCAUACAGGAGAAAGACCAUUUGUAUGUGACCACGCAAACUGUGGCAAAAGUUUUACAAGAAAUGAAGAACUUACAAGACACUUACGCAUCCACACAGGCUGUAGACCCCAUCAGUGUGUUUUCUGCGCCAAAAGGUUUGGACGUAAAGAUCAUUUGAAAAAGCAUAUCAAAACUCACCAAAGAACAAACAUGGUGCGCAUGCCAAUAGGCGCUUUCCAAGGACUGUCCUAUUUCGUUGGAGAUUGUAUACCUUGGUUUUGACGCACGAGGCCUUGAAAAUUCAAAUUGCUUUAUCACAUGUAAAUAAUCGCCAUGGAACAAAUUUAAUAAGGAUAGUGAAACUUAAUGGUAAUGUGUGUAAUUCCUCUCUAUUUUUUCAAUCGAACUAAAAUAUUUUUUUAAAGUAAAACAGUUUUUAUUUUCUAUAACCUUAUCCAAUUUACCAUUUAAAUAUCACUACCAAAAACCCCUACACAUUUUCACUUGGAUCGCCUUAUAAAUAGCACCUCAUUCAUCCAUUUAAAUGAUUCGCUGGAGCAGGAUAGAUGAUAGUCAAAAAAUAUAUAUAGGAUGAAUGUGGUGCGAGUGGCUGCAAUUCCAAUCUGAACACUAAAACCUUUUAAAGAAGUCUGAUAGGAGCCCGUGAUGUAACAUUGUUCUGAUGCAAAAAUGUAUUUCGCCAAUAAUUUAAAUUCUGGCGAGCUGUGAACCACAAACAACUGCAGUCAACCUUUAAUUGGCGAUAUUAGUUCGUAAGUCUACAAAAGUGUCGCAAGACGUUUCUAAUGUUUACUAUUUCAAUUUCAAGAGCGAAACUUCCCGCUUUACAUAUAUAAUCAUGGCAUGUUCAACUUCACUAUGAAAUUUGUUACCCAUUUAUAAAUGUUCAUUUUAGAUACAAAACUGUUGAUCCACUCAUGGUAUGUUCAUUUUCAACACAAAAUUUCCUAAUGAGCUGAUAAGUUCAUCAUCAGCACAUCUAUUUUCAGCACAUUAAUUGGUGAUCGAAAAAUUUGUAUUGGAAAAGUACGUUUACUUCAACAUUUAAACCUUUUCAUUUUAUUUCUCAAAGUAUUUGAAUCUGCUUUUUUCUGACUAACUCGCAUAAUAAAAAUUCCUAAUAUAGGCCAUGCUUAUUUCUUUACGGCAACUUCAAGGAUAAUAUAAGAAUGAAUAUUUUUAUAUGAUCAUAAAACACAAUUAUAACUUCUGGGAAAAAUAAUUCAAUAUCUAUCUACAUUUUAUAAUUUUUUAAUGAAUCGCUUGAAAUGCGUUUCCCAAAGACAGCGAGAUUACACAUAGACUCAAAUGUUUUUAGAAAAUGUAACGAUUGUAUGUCGACUUUUAUGUAAGAACAUUAAAAUAUGCGAAUUUUGCACCGAAUUCAGAAACUGUAUACAUUAUGUAAAUGAAGAAGAAAAAAAACUGAGAUAUACAAAUUUAAUACAUUAUACAAGUAUUG